GCUGUAAGCUCUGGUGUGGGCUAUCACGGUACCUGCUCCUUACCGUAUAAUUGGCUAGCUAGUAUAUAUGUGCACCUACUGCCUAGAGAGGGCUUUUUCUGAAUAUAAAUAUCCUCCCGAUUCUCCCAUCAUAGGAGCCCUAAUGGCCGCGCCCGUUAACGACGUCCCUUUCAAACGCACGGAUGCCCUCAAUGACGAGCGUCUCACGCAUACAUCCGACUAUAGUACCAAUCUAAACCCAUUAUUGACUGCGCCGCAAAACGACCACGAGAUCAUCGACCAUAUUCCAGGCGAGCCGACCAUACCAUUCAGGGAGAAUGAAAUCUUCCUACAGAAGGAGCUCACCACCCCAGUCUUGGAUGAGCUUUUCGAUAAGUACAGCAUAUUUCAAGUUCACCGGCAGUGAGAUCAAGCAGAAAGUCAAAAGAUCGCAGUGACCAAACAAGGAAAAUAUCAGAGCGUAACAACGACAACCCCAAACAGAGCCCGCCCGAUACAAAA